ACCUAACCAGGGUCAUGGCGCGCUCGGUGGCCCAUGGCCACGAUUACUUCCACCCCCUGUUCUCCUGGAGCCUUAACCCUAGGUCUCGAUCUCUUCUGUUCUCCUCUCUUCUAGCCGCCGCCGCCGAUCGCCGCCGGACCGUCAUCGGCCUUCUGCCGUAGCCAUUGUUUCAUCGACGUCAGGGUCUUUGUGUGGCUUGAAGCCUCCGAGGUCUCCAUCAACCUCUUUCCCUCUUUUGAUCUCGAGCCAUCCACCAAGUUCCGCGACCGUAGUAGUUUUGAACCAGCUGACUCGUGUGAGAAUGAAGCAUGUUCUAAAGAUAAUGGCAUUGCUGGUGGCUAUCUCUGCAUUUUGGAUAGGCCUGUUGGAAACAUCAGUGGUCCCACGAAGCUAUACUUGGCUGCUUCCAAUCUACUUAAUUGUUUCGCUAGGAUGCUAUGGUCUUCUCAUGGUUGGAAGUGGUUUAAUGCUCUUUCCAACAUGCCCUCAAGAAGCUGUACUACUGCAAAAGGAUAUUGCAGAGGCCAAGGAAUUCUUGAAGAAUAAGGGGAUUGAUGUGGGCUCCAAUUAAAGUUUUUUGAUAAAAGCCUGGCUCUGGUUAAAGUUGAUCGGACGCAUUCCAAAGCUGGCUAGGCCUCUUGUAAUUUUUCAGCUGACAGUUCCUUGACUAUCAGAAUUUAUGAACUCUCACAAGAAUAUAGAAUACAUGAAGCAGUGUCCCCUAGAUGGGCAUUUUUCUCCCCGUCUCUGUCAACUUCUCCGUUGACUAUGUAUACAUUUUGCAAUUAGGUUUCAAUUGUAAAUGAUUUUUCCACAUCUUUAUAAAUAUUUUUUCAUAUUUUGUGUGCAUAAGUAGUUUGAAGAUAAUAGAUCACAUGCAACAAUUUGGAUCAUUGAUGUAGUUCUUCUAUGGUUGAAUUCAAAAACGGUGUAACUUUAUAAGAGUUACACCUGGUGUAACUUGAA